UCCUGAUCUCACGGAUUUCAAAGUAGGUGAAACGGCAGACAUUUCUGGACUAAAUCCCGAAAAUCCGGAGUCAACAGAAAUUAGACAUAGUUCAGACCCAAAUCCUUGCGAAGGCGUGUGUGAUAAGGAGCAGGUCACUUUAGAAUUGACGAAACGGUUUCAGGUCGAAGUUUUGGCCCAGGUGACUGCCGAGGGGAUGGUUGCGGAUACGCUGUCUGUGAGUGAAGAAGGCGAUGUAAAACUGGGCCAGGCCGAUUCGUACUUAGCCUUCUGUUUCAGG